CAUGUCUGAGAUGCACAGUGCAGGCGUAGAAUCAUGAGUAGCCUACGACACUCAGUGAGCACUAGGUGCCUCUGCAUGCUCUAGCAACAUACUGCUCAGCUGAAGGGAAGGGAUUCUCGCUGUCUCUCUCUCUGCUCUAAGCAUCACCUAACAAGCAAACCGAACAAAGAAUGGGAAAUAAAGCUAUCCUUAGCCGGUCAGUGAAUGAAUUUCUCUAUGGAGUAAAGGUUGUGCCGGUCAAUGGUCGUUUCCAAUGAUGGACAUUAACCAGAUUGUCAAAUCCUGUGGAGUCGUUAGGAAAGAGUUUGGAGUUUUUUUCACGGCACAAUAUUAACCGCAGAGAAAAGGACAGAGGGAGAAGGAGAAGAUCAAGCUCAUGCACAUAGUUCUGAAACUUGCAGGUCCUAGAAGUCAGCUAAAAAGCUAGCUGGACAACCCUUCAGCUCUUUGAGCAGAAGCAAAGUAAGACAUUGUGAGCUUGCCAGCUUUGCACAACAUUGAAAGGGACUGAAUUUGUAGCACAGAGGGGUCUUUUUUAGCUCUGCAUAUAAUUAGUCCAAACACAAAGGAAGCAACUGAAUGGAGGUUGUCACUCUCUGGAAAAGGGUGGGUAAGACACUUUUUAAUUAAAUUCUUUCAUGAAGAAAGAUUUCUUUUCUUUGUUGCAGCAUUUAACAUGAACAUAAUCACUAUCCUUUUACCUUUGAAUGCCUGUGAACUUUAAUGCUGCACAGCCUCUGCAUGCUGUAAAGUGAAAUGUUUGGCUCUGUGUCUUUUUUUUUCCCCUUUAAAUAAAAUAUGAUGUAGAAUUUGAAAAAGAUUCAAUGGACAUUCUCAAGCCUAUUUGGAAAUAUUCUUGCUAAUGGAUUUCCUUCUUAUUGGUCUCUGUUUAAACUGGCUGCUGAGGAAGCCCCCAGGGUUGAUAUUGUGUACGCUGGGUAUCUUUUUUAAAAUGCUUCCAGCCGUGAAUAGUGGGUGUCCACAGCUAUGUCGGUGUGAGGGCAGGCUUUUGUACUGUGAAUCAUUGAAUCUUACAGAGAUGCCUCGCAACCUGUCGGGCAUGAUGGGCUUGUCUCUGCGGUACAACAGCCUUUCAGAGCUGCAUGAUGGACAGUUCACAGGGUUAAUGCAGCUCACGUGGCUCUAUCUGGAUCACAAUCACAUUUGCUCAGUGGAGGGGAAUGCCUUUCAAAAAUUGCGGAGAGUUAAAGAACUCACCCUGAGUUCCAACAAAAUCACCCAACUGCCCAACACCACUUUCCGACCCAUGCCAAACUUGCGCAGUGUGGAUUUAUCAUAUAAUAACCUGCAGUCUUUGGAACCAGACCUGUUUCACGGACUGAGAAAGCUAACAACUUUGCACAUGCGGUCAAACGCCAUCAAGUUUGUGCCAGUGAGAAUUUUCCAGGACUGUCGCAGUCUGAAGUUUCUAGACAUAGGAUACAAUCAGUUGAAAAGCCUGGCUCGAAACUCUUUUGCAGGCUUGUUUAAACUCACUGAACUGCACCUCGAGCACAAUGAUUUGGUGAAGGUGAAUUUUGCCCACUUUCCAAGGCUCAUUUCACUGCAUUCUCUCUGCCUCCGAAGGAAUAAAGUCACUAUAGUAGUUAAUACCUUGGACUGGAUAUGGAAACUCGAGAAAAUGGAUCUCUCUGGCAAUGAGAUUGAAUACAUGGAGCCUCAUGUUUUCGAAAGUGUACCUCACCUCCAAUCACUGCAGCUGGACUCCAACCGGCUAACCUACAUCGACCCGAGAAUCCUCAACUCCUGGAAAUCACUCACUAGCAUCAGCCUUUCUGCAAACACCUGGGAUUGCAGCCGCAACGUUUGCGCCUUGGCCUCCUGGCUGAGCAACUUUAAGGGGCGCUACGACAGCAACCUGCUCUGUGCCACCCCCGAGUAUGCACAGGGCGAGGAUGUUUUAGAUGCAGUAUAUGCUUUUCACUUGUGCGAAGACGCAGCAGACCCAACAAGUGUUAACACCUUCUCGGCAGUAACAAACAACAGUGACCAAGUGCUGAGUUAUAGCCCUGCCACGACAAUAUACGACGUGCAGGAUACCGAAGGAGAAAGAACGACAGAUGCCAUAACCGUAACUAUGCCCAGUGAAAACACUGAGAAUGCUGUGCAGAUUCACAAGGUGGUGACAGGGACCAUGGCGCUGAUUUUCUCUUUUCUCAUAGUGGUUUUAGUGUUGUACGUGUCAUGGAAGUGUUUCCCAGCCAGCCUAAGGCAACUAAGACAGUGCUUUGUGACACAGCGCAGAAAGCAGAAGCAGAAACAGACCAUGCAUCAAAUGGCUGCCAUGUCGGCCCAGGAGUAUUAUGUUGAUUACAAACCCAACCACAUUGAAGGAGCCCUGGUGAUCAUUAAUGAAUAUGGAUCUUGUUCCUGUCACCAGCAGCCAGCAAGGGAAUGCGAGGUGUGAUUUUCAUUGGGGAUCUAAACAGUGUGCAACCAAAUAACAAUGGGCAGAGAGACAGUUGGAUGGGGGGUUUAAUGUGCUUUUCUGAUGAUUUCUGAUGCACUUCUUUGCUGAAAUUGUACAAGGAUCUGUCUAAAAAGACUUGAUAUUUUAGCUUUAUUGUGUCUUAAAAAUCUUCAGGACAGUCAAUCUUGAAAUUUCAUAUGGUAAUUCUCCCUUUGAAGAUCUGUCAAUAUUCAGGAAUCUGAGAGUGUAAAAAAAAGGUACCAAUUAUUGAUUUUUGUAAACUAAAAAACAAAAACAAAAACAAAAACAAAAAACAAACAAACCUGUUUAAAAUAAAAAAAAAUAGCAUUUACAGUUUUUACAGACUGGUGUAUAUUACGUGAAUUGCUCCCUGUAUACAAAAUGCAACAGUUUAACCUCUCUCCUCUUCGUAUACAGUGUUGAAAUGGGAAGGCUAGCAGCAAGGAAGCCACAUAAAACAGAGCGAGUAACAUUCACCAGCUGACUUCACAUUGUAAUUAUGACACAUUCACUUAUAUCAUGAUGCUGAAGAUUAAAAAAAAAAAAAAAAAGCAUGACACUGAAAUUAUAUUUUUGUCAAAUGCGCUACCUGUGACUGUGUAUCACUAGAAGAAGGGGCCGAUGCCCCUGAGAAAGGCUGAAGUCCCAACCGUGUCACUAGGGUAAUAUUUCUGAGGAUUUUUAAAGACAGCUCACUUGGAAGUUGCUUUGAGAACCACAAAAAUGCAGCAUAGCUCAUUAGUACGUUCCGUAUCUAAAUAAACCACAUUGCAGUCUCCUAAAAAUAUAUAUAUGUACUGAAACACUGCCUAAAAAAAAAAGUGCUACUUUAUCAUUUUCCUUGCAAAGAAAUGUUUUAAGGGCUUUAUUCUAAAUCUCCUAGCAUUUCCCACUUCCCUGCUCUUGUGCAAUAUGCUAAAAGCAAAGAACCCAUUGUUGUGUGCACUGUAGAGCAGUGAUGAAAGGACUGAGGAGGCAGCCAUCCAAUUUUCAGUAGUGAAAGCUCUGUGUGUUUCAAGAGUAAAAUCUUGGGUGUAAUACUGCAGCCACCUUAGGCAGAGGGAGAUUAGAGCAGACUUGUGGUACCAUAGCAAAGUUAGAAAAUCCUGUUCUUGCUGUGAAUGCCUAGCCUGUCAUUCACAUCCAUUGCAGGGCAUCUUUCACAAACAACCUCUCCUCCAAAAAUAUGUGCAGAGGGGGGAAAAAAAAAAAGUAUAUGAUCCCUCCCCCACUAAUUCUUGGCACGGACAGUACUGAUAAGCACAUACUUGUUUGUGCAGAGUCCCACUGCUGUUUUAUUUUACUGCCCUUCUCUAAAUGCUUGCUUUUCCUGUAUUUGAGAUUUUUCACGCCAGUAUGUGACCAACCUACUGAUUGCUCUUUAGAACAACUCCACUCGUGUCAAUGAAAAUGAGGCUGUUAUGUUUUUUCUAGCAUCCAGCAGUGCAUCUUCUGAAAUUUCCUUUAUAUAGCAUACCAUUCUAAUAAACUGUUACACGUGAAGGAUUUUGUAAAAUUUA